AUGAUGCCUCGCACUUGGUGCCCAACGUUGAGUGCCAAUUCGCCUCUGCAGUUCGAUAAGGUUCACUUACUCAAGAAGGCUGAUGAGUAUGAGUCGACCUUUCCAACGCUGUCGAAGAGGCAUGGCACGGCGAAACAGAGUGGUGCUGUCGCUGCUCAGUGUGGCGUUGCCGUAAAUGAUAUGGGAACAGAGUUGACGCGGCGAGUGGGAUCGUCUAUCCCACAGUUCAGUGCAUACCUCGUGGCCUCCAGGGUUGCUAUGUCAGAAUGGCCGAGGCUUGAGAGCGCUUCUGUUCUCGCGAUCCACCAGGCAAAGAUCCCGCUUAUUUCCAGCUCAGAGGAUGAAAAUUCUGAGUGCAUCAUGCGUGAUAAGAUACCAAUUGUGGUGCACCACAUCUCCCAUAUCUGGAAGGCUAGACCGGAGCUUGGCGCGCUACCCAUUGUGCAGAUGCCAUCGGAUCAAUUGGUGGAUUUUAUUACCUAUAUUAUGCGACUGGAGGCUGAGCGAAAGAAUUACGGUAUAUCAGAGAGUGCGCGUCACCUCGCAUUGAUGCCGGCGCUAUCUUCAAACAUCUCUCUCAACGAUGUGCUGGGGGCGUUAAGUGCCAAUCACCGCAUGGUGGAACAGCUGCGCUCGCUCGUAGUUGCCGGGGAGUUUGCCGAGGAAACCGAUGCGACGGAGCUGCAGGAUUUCCUCCAGGCCGCCCAGGGUUUGACCACACUGGGUGUCCCGCGCACAAUGUUUGCCCGUGUGGCAGAGACUUUCGUGCCAUUACUAAAGGCCAGCACAAUACGCGUUGUAGACAUGGAGUGCAACGACCUCGGGCUGGCGGCAAACGACAGUGAUGCCAUCACUUUGCUUGCGGAAUACCUGAAAGAAAACAAGUUCCUGCUCGAGCUGAACCUCAGCUACAACAACAUCGACGGCAGCAACGCAAAGAUACUGCUGGGAGCUCUUAGUGUAUCGGACACGCGUCUCACUCCGCGUGACCUCUCGGACGGUGAAGAUGACACAAAUGGUGAAGAGGAAGCUGAAGGCGGUGACCUAUUGAACCUUUCCUUCUUUCUUCCUCAUGUCGAUGACGAAGAGGAGGAGGAAGAGGAAGAGGAAGAAGUGCAAGAAGAAAGACCUGAGGAAGAGACCGAGGAAAACGGGAUUCCGGCGGCGGCGGCGGCGACCGAAAUGAAGGCCGCUGGGGAGGGGACUGACGACGAUGAGGAGGAGGAGGAAGGGGAGGAGGAGGAGGAGGAGGAGGAGGAUGAAAACGGGAAUGAGAGCGGUGACAACGACGAAAACGAAGAGGAAGGUGAGGAAGAUGAGGAGGCGCAAUACCAUAUGUCUAGUCUUCUUGCUCAGAAAUUCCGCCGCUUCUUUCGAAGGCUGCAGCGCGAGGAGAAGAAGGCGCGCGUGGAGUGUGUAAACGCCUACGUAGAGGAGGCGGAUGCGCUGGUGCUGGUACUGCGCACGAUUCGGGCGGAGCUCGCGGAGGAGAAGCGCAUUGCCAUUGAGAAGUACUGCCAGCGACGCAGCGGGUGGUCUCAUCUGCAGGUGCUGCGCUUGCGAGGCAAUCCCAUUGGCAACGAGGGCGCAGCAGGUGUCGCGGCAGUGCUACGAUACGAGGUGCUUCUUACAGAAGAGGAGAUGGAGCGCAUUCGAGCAGAGCUCAGCGAAAAAGCUGGUGUAUUGCUCACGUCUCUGCUCUCGGAUCGGAGAAAUACCGCCCUCGCGGAGGUGGCGCAGCGGCGACAGCUUCUGUACGCCCAUCGCACCGCCUGGACCGCGCUCACAUCGGCCUUGGCAAUGGAGGGGCCGGGGAUGCGUGAGGCCAGCGGCGAUAAUAAGUGGCAGCCACCACCGCCCCCUUCUGCAGCAACAGAAGAAGGUGAAGAAGAUGAUUGGAAAGGUGACGACGACGACGACGAGAUUGACCACCCAGCGGUGGCCAUGACAGAUGUGCCGCCGGACGUUGACUUCGCCGAUGAUGCCACGGGUCUCACAGAAGAAGAAGCGCAGCUGGAAGAGUCACGUGACAACUUUGAGAUGCCCUUCCCUCCAUCGAAGCUUGGGCUGCAGUCCCUACGUUUGCUUGAUCUCUGCAGCUGCAACAUUGGGAGUCAGGGGGCCAAGCGCAUUGGUGAUUCCCUCACCGGGAAUAAGUCGUUAGAAGUAUUACUGUUGCGGCACAACGCCUUUGCCAGGAAACGUGUUGCCCUCCGUGCCGUGGAUGAAGAGGCAGACGAGGAGUUGGGCGAGGGGGUGGGUGCGGUGCAGCAGGUGGAUGUUCCACAUUAUGUGUCACCUGGUUGCGUCGUUCUCUUUGAUGCGCUCUCGUCGAAUACCACACUCAAAGUGUUGGACCUCGCAUACAAUAACAUGUACCCGGAGAGCAUUCGCUGUCUGUCAAAGGCCUUGAGCACCAACAGCACACUUACCUCUCUUUCACUGGAGAGCAACUGCAUGGGCUUUAAUGAGUCUCCAUAUGAAAUGGAUCCUGCUGUUGUAAAAGCCACAGGGUAUCCAGUAGACGUCACCAUGCUUUCGCGGCCUUCAUGCUUUUUGGAGUUACUGCGUGCUGUCGCCACAAGCAGCAUCACGACGCUGCUGCUUGGACACAACGACCUGUCUCACUGUUGGGGGGAGAUGGAGGCCGAAAUGCUGGCAAAGAUAUGCUGCCGCUUGCACGUGUUGCAUCUGAACGGCAAUGGUCUGGGUCCUGAUCAAAUCACCCAGUGGGCAGCUUCUGCUGGUGCAGAUAGCGAUUUCACAUUAAAGGAGCUGCAGUUGUCUCGCAACAAUCUACGCGGAGAAGAAGGUGGCGCCGCUCUGGCCCGACUUUUCGCACGAUGCAAGACACAUUUAGAGACACUCUUCAUUGAUGAAACGCAGCUCGGUUCUUCCGGGGCAUUCGCGGCGCUCUCAUCGUUUGAACCGUCUGCCUUGCGAUCGCUGAGUAUUCGUAACGCCGGUCUCUCUCUGGUGCCUGCUCUUCCUCGUUUUGUGCUAGCACCUCUUCGUCACCUCCUCAUUUCCGACAACCCGUUCAACGCGAGUGAGAUGCUCCAUUUGUUAGAGGAGCUGAGCGUCACCGCGACGGACUUGACGUGCCUGUCGCUUUGGAGCCGCGAGGUGGAUAUGGAGGCACACCUUCCGGCGUUGCUGGAAGUGUUGUGCCAGAUGCCACAUCUCCUGUUCGCUGACUUUGGCAUGCUGCCGCGUUUUGAUGACGCUGUAGAUGCUGAAGAUCCCCUUGGCCGCAUAGAGGCUAUUUUGGUGGAGCGGCGGCUGGCGUGGAUGCUCGACGGUGCGGGGAGUUGCGAGGUUUGA